CUUUGUCAAUCGCACCCCACUAUCAUCACUGCUAAGUAUACCAGAGGAAUAUGAUCCUUCUGCCACCAAAACAACGAGGCCACAUACUGAAGCUGGAAGACGGCAAAGGGCCUCUGUUGAGUGGAAUAAUGGCUGCAUCUGCUUGUGCACUCUGUGACUGCCGCAGAUGGGAUAGAACGAAGCCGUUGGCCACCGCGGUCAGGAUAGAGUUCCUGAUGCAACCACCCAUAACCCAGAAAUAGACUUCGGUAAGAACUUAACUAUAAUUUCCUCUUGCUUACCAGCUGCCUAGGUAACUACCAGACGCUCAGGAGACAUCUGGACAAAGGUGAAGAUUUUGCGUGAUUCCAAAUGGGUGGGGCAUACGAUGUAUGGAC